CUUGAAGCAGCGCGAAAAUUUAUUAACAGUCAUUAAUUGUGACUAUUUAACGCCAAAAAUACGGAAAAUAAAAUAAACGCGUUCUAUUUUUUUUUAUUUUUUUUUAUUACAACUUCGACAAGAAACAGUUCAAAAUAUUGUAAUGGCUAGUUUUGGUUGGGAUCAAGGCCAAAUUUAUUCUACAUCAGUACUUCCAGGAGAAGAACAAGUUAAUUCUCAUUCCGAAAUAACUGGUCUUUUCCUUGAAUUCAUUCAAAACUUUCGACUCAGUAACAAUUAUAUUUACAGAGAUCAAUUAUCACAAAACCUUUUAACAAAGCAAUAUUUCAUCGAAGUUGAUCUUAAUCAUCUCAUCAACUAUAAUGCCGACCUUGCCAAUAAAUUAAGUACUUCGCCUGCUACUUUUUUACCUUUGUUUGAAAAUGCUGUUAAGGAAAGUGCUAAAAGGAUUUUAUUUGCUAAUCCUAAUAAUGUUAGUAAUAUUGAUGUACCUGAUUGUCAAGUUACUCUCAAAUCAGAUGCUAAUGUCAUUCAAAUCCGUGAUUUAAAUUCUGAUUAUAUUGGUAAACUUGUACGUAUUCCUGGUAUUGUUAUUGGCGCAUCCACACUUAGUUCAAGAGCCACUCAGGUUACUGCUAUGUGUAGAAGCUGUCGUGCCAUAAAGAUCAUCCCUGUUAAUGGUGGGUUUUCUUCCAUUGUUUUGCCUAGAAAUUGUGAUAGUCAAGGUAUUGAUGGUAAACCUAACGAUUGUCCUAUGGAUCCCUUUGUGAUUGUACACGAUAAAUGUAAAUUUGUCGAUUCUCAAGUAAUCAAGUUGCAAGAAGCUCCUGAUAUGGUUCCUGUCGGUGAUCUUCCUCGACACACAAUCUUAAAUGCCGAUCGAUGGCUGACAAAUCGUGUUGUACCUGGUAUGAGAGCUGUUGUAAUGGGUAUUUAUUCUAUUUUUCAAAAUAAAUCUACUAAAUCAACAGGUGCUGCUGCUGUUAGAACACCUUAUAUUAGAAUUGUUGGCCUUCAAAUCGAUCAACAUAAUAAUGGUCGUGGAAAACCUCAUUUUACUGAUGCAGAAGAAGAAGAAUUUAUCAAAAUGUCAAGUCAACCCGAUUUAUAUGAAACAUUUUCUCGUAGUUUAGCUCCUUCUAUUUUUGGGAAUAUGGAUAUUAAAAAAGCUAUUACUUGUCUUCUUUUUGGUGGUUCAAAAAAAGUACUACCUGAUGGGAUGAGAUUAAGAGGUGAUAUCAGUGUAUUAUUAUUAGGUGAUCCAGGUACUGCCAAAUCACAAUUAUUGAAAUUUACAGAAAAAGUAGCACCUAUUGCUGUUUAUACUUCUGGUAAGGGUAGUAGUGCAGCUGGUUUAACUGCUUCUGUUAUUCGUGAUCCAAGUACUCGUGAUUUUUAUUUGGAAGGUGGUGCUAUGGUUUUAGCUGAUGGUGGAGUUGUAUGUAUUGAUGAAUUUGAUAAAAUGCGUGAUGAAGAUCGUGUAGCUAUUCAUGAAGCUAUGGAACAACAAACUAUUUCUAUUGCAAAGGCUGGUAUCACAACUAUUCUUAAUUCACGUACUUCAGUCCUUGCUGCAGCCAAUCCAGUAUUUGGUCGUUAUGAUGACAUGAAGAGUGCAGGUGAAAAUAUUGAUUUCCAAACUACCAUUUUAUCUCGUUUUGAUAUGAUUUUCAUUGUAAAAGAUGAACAUAAUGAGGGUCGUGAUAUGUCUAUUGCUAGACAUGUUUUAAAUGUUCAUAUGAAUAGGCAAACUCAAGAUGCUGUAAUGGGAGAGAUUGAUUUGGAAAAAAUGAAAGCUUAUAUUAAUUAUUGUAAAGCUAAAUGCGCCCCUCGAUUAACAGAAGAAGCAGCAGUUAAAUUAAGUAGCCAUUUUGUUUCUAUUCGUAAAGAAAUGAAGGAGACUGAACGAGACAGUAAUGUAAGAUCCACUAUUCCUAUUACAGUGAGACAAUUAGAAGCUAUCAUUCGUAUUUCAGAAUCAUUAGCCAAAAUGACACUUUCACCUACAGUAAAAGAAAAACAUGUUGACGAAGCUAUUCGUUUAUUUAAAUAUUCUACUAUGGAUGCAGUUCAAAAUGGUGGAGUAGAUGGAAUGUCUCGUAGUGAUCUUAUGGCUGAAAUUCAAGUAAUUGAGCAAGAUAUUCAAAAACGUUUACCUGUUGGUUCUCAAGCACCAGUUGCUAAAAUUAUUAAUGAUUUCUUAAAUCGAGGAUAUUCUGAGGCUGCUAUUAAAAGAGCUUUAACAAUCCUUGGUCGUAGAGAAGUAUUGCUAUUUAGAGCACAAGGAAAAAUGGUUCUUAGACAAGCCGUUUAAACAACAACAACAACAACAACUUAUUACUACUAUAUUAUUCUUUUUAUUGAUUUAUUCUUCUUCUUUUUUUUUUUUCCUGUAAUAUAAUUUUAUGCAAGACAAACAUAUUCGCUUUAUAAAUAAAUAUAUAGAGAUACAGCUUUAGAUGAAUCUAUCUCCCAAAACAGAUAAUCG